CAUGAUGAAUAUUUUGAAUUUCACACAGAAUUUGAAUUUGAAUUCAACUGGAAUUUGAAAGAACAUGAGACAAUAAUAAUCAGGCACAUGUUUAGCAAAAAGAUCAACUUAACCCGAGGGGUUACUGUAGCAUCAUUACACUGGGGCGUUACAAGCCUGCACAACACGCAGCCACCAGCCACACCAAUCCAGGCAGGCGGGCACGCAGCAGAUGGCCCAAGGACCUGGAACGGCCAGAUUCGGAUCGCACGCCAUCUCCCAACUCCGGCGCCAAUCGAGGGCGCUCAACGCCGCUGCUACACCCGACCGCUGCCGAAGCAGCAUCUCCUGGCCGGGCUCGCAGCGCCGCGACCACCUCGAGUACCCUCGCCGGCGCCGCCUUGACCGAGCCGCGCACCCGCCUCCAGGACCCUUCCCGACGCCGCUCGAAGCCCGAACCCGUGCGCCAAGGCCUCCGCUGCUACUUCCUUGCCGAGCUCCGCCCCUCCAUUGCGCCCCCCGCCAUGCGCCGCCACACCAGAAGAAACCUCCCGCGCCGCCUGCUUGGCGUCCCACCCCCGCGCGAGGGGAGCCCGCCGGGGCGCGCCAACCCCGCCCGUCGCCUUCGGCGGCCGGGCGUCGCCGCCACAGCCGCCGUCGGCGGCGGCAGCGGCUGGGGGAGCACGAGGAGGCUUGCGGGGCUAGGGAUUUGGCCUCCGGAGGCGCCCGCGCGAGCGGCCCGGGAGGAAGGGGAAAGUGUCCUGUCUAUGUUUUGCUUUCCUCUCUCAAGUCAGCCAGCUUGGAAGAAAUCAAAUACUGGCGGGGCGUCGGCCACAUCAGCAGCGGUGAGGAAGAGACAGAGAGAUAAACCCAGCAGGGAGGAGCAGAAGCAGGGUCUUCCCCCCGCGAACGAACCACCUUUCCGAUCCCCUCCUCUUCUCCCCUCUCCCAGAGAAAGCGUCGCUCGUCGCCAUGGCGGAGUACGCUCCUCCUCCCGAGGACCACGCACCCCCUCUACUCUACGGCCCGCUCGCUCUCUGCCCGGAGGCCUCGUCGCCUGCCUGGGUCCCCACCAAGCAGGGUGCGCGCCGUCCUCCGGUGGGGGAUGGAGCCGAUCCGAUCCGAUCCAGGGGAUUCCUCACCUCCUGGAACUGGACCCGGCACAGGUGGCCGCGGUGAAGGGCGCCAUCGACGACGGGGCCUGCCCGCUCGAUCCCCUCUCCGACGCCUCCGACUCCGACUCCGACUCCAGCGGCGGCGGCGACGACGAGGAGAGCGACCACCCUCCAAAGCAGGGGAAGGCCGUCUCUUCUUCCCCGGUUCGACAGCUUCGACAAGGCAACGACCUGCUGCACAGGCUGCUUUGGAAGGAAAGGAACAAACACAUGUUCAGUAGCGAAAGGAGAAUGGCACAAGACGUUAUCUUUGCCAUCCUGAAGAAGGGAGGCUGUGAGGAGCCAUUAAGUACUAUAGAUAACGUCAUGUGCCAUAAUUUGUAGUUCACAGUGAAUAGUACUAUAUGUUGUUCCUUUCUUUGCCAUCCUAAAGCAGGGAGUCAAAGAUAUUAUCCUGGGCCAUAAUUUUGUAGUUCACAGUGAAUAUUCCUGUAGGUUGUUCCUUUCUUUGCCAUCC